AUGGGGGAAAGACUCCGACGAAAUGACAGAAAACACAUGCUGGAAGAAAUAAAAAUAGACAAGAAAAAAAAUCGCGACAACAAAGAACAUCACGCCACACAAAUGUCGACAGAUUUUCCUUUGGCUUCCUUGGGUUUUACAUCGUCUCUUCCUCCGCCUCCGCCGCGGGAGGAGAUCCACCGCCGCGCCGCGAUGCUGGCCAAGCGCGCUGGCCGCGGCGGCACCGCCCGACCCACCGGCCGCCUCCUGCCCCGGCCCCGUCCGGUCCGCCGCUCCGCCCGUCUCUGCCUGUCCGCUCUCGGCGCCUGUCUGGAUCUCUCUCUGGCUCGCUGCUCUCUCCCUGUUCUCCGUCCUUUAUCUGCCGCGCUCCCGGUCUGUACUGUCUGUCUGCGAGUCUCUCCCUCUGCCUUUCUCUCCCCGCCCACGCAGCGUGGUGCGCCCCGGACCGCAGGCAGCGCCGCGCUCCGGCUCCGCGCUCGCUGCGCUCAGCGCCGCUGCUCCGGCUGCCGCUGCCCCGGCUGCCGCACAGGACUCGCCGGGCCCGGCGCCAUUUCGCUGCCCGCCCGCACCUCACCCGGCCCCGCGCGGCCCGGAGAUGCCCCGCCGGGUCGGUGUCUGUCUGUGGUGUGGGGUGGCUCUGUGUGUCUGUCCCGCUGUCUGCCCGCCUGCCCUCCCGUGUGGCUGUGGCGGGGGGUGUGGCUGUGGCUUCCCGCACGCCGACACCUCCAGUCAUAUUGUUUCCCCCCUCCCUUAAGACCUCCCCGUCAGCCCGCUCUCAGCCAGGAGCAGAGACAAAGCACCGGAGCGGGGCUAAUAACUGGAAAGCUCGUUAAUCCCCUUCGAUUCCUUGUUAUUUGCUCCCACCCACUCCCUGUCGGCCCCGCCACACGACCCCCAAGAAAAAUAAAGAGGGAAGGAAAUGGGCCAUCUUUAAGGACAUCUUUAAGUGAAAGGUCUAGGGAGGGCAGUUUUAAUUACUGA